ACGAACAGACCUAAUUUAUCCGUGUGUUUACAUCGUGAAGUUAUCGCGAGUUAUCGACAAGACAACCGCGGAUAGCGGCCAUUUGCAUUCGCGGGAGGGCUCAUCGUCUGAAUGUAGAACGAAUUUUUCAGUUGUGAAACGCAUCUUAGCGUAUGUGAUUGAUUAGUGAUCCUGAUCGUUUGCAAAAUGGCUCGGCUGAGCAACGACGUCUUGAGGAUUGUAUGUGCAAAUACAAGUCAGGAGAAUGAGAAGAGGCUGCAUGAGGCGCGAAUUAAGAAUCAGGGAAAGAAUCGAGCUAAACAAGACUUGAACAAAUUCUUUAGCAAACUCAAUCAGACUGUGGAAACAAACUCAGGAAAAGCUUCAGAUAAGUCGAGCCCAUCAUGUUACAACAAGAAUGUUACAAAUUGCUGGUAUGGUCCAAUCUUGAGAUUUCCACCUGGAUCCUGGUGGGGUAUACGCAUGGAUUGCUCCAGAGAUCGCGUGCAUGAUCCCUUUGAUGUUGAUAUACAUGAAGGACCAUUUGGAGUUGUCUCUGUUUGCACCUCGCACACUAACAUGAAUGAAGAUGUGGAUUUUGGCGAUUAUCUUACGCUAACUGGCAAGAUAUAUUGCGAGGAUCAAUCCAGCGUUGAUCCAUUUAUUCACAAUUACAAAAAUCAAAUACCAUUGAGAUUAAUUAGAAGUUACAAUCUGCAAAAUGAAAUAGCGCCUAACACAGGAUACAGAUACGAUGGACUCUACGUAAUCAUAGCCUGUUGGAUAGGUGAAGCUUUGGAUGGCACCAAAUAUAAUAAGUUUGCCCUAAUGCGUCUAGCUGAUCAGGAGCCGCCAAGCUGGAACAGCAAAACCUCGGAAGAUUCAUCUGCGCGACGUGUUCCAUUGAACAAAUUGAACUGUCCGAAUACGUACGACUUGAGAAAGUCUUCGUACACCAGCGGAAUUUGUGAGAAGCGGAAACUCAGUCACAGUGAUAAUCGUGAAGAUAUGUCAGUUGUGAAAAGUGUACUGCCAAUUGACGUCAGCAGGAAGUCUGUACCUGAAAGUUCCAUUGUCACACGUCAUGUCUUCAAAAAAACGCCAAAUAACGUGGAAUGUACGACGUCAACUUCUGUAUCCGAUCGAAAGACGUUAACGUGCCUUGGUGCGUCCACAACUAAAACUCACAGUACAAACAUUUCGAUACGUAUGGGCCUGUACGAGUCGUCGCAUAACACUCAAGAUGCGAAGAAGAAUGUCUCCACGAUGUUGCACAAACCGUCCAAGCCGAUCGACAUCGCUGUCCGCUCGGCACUGGACAUAGAGGGUGUUCGUUCAACACCAAAAGAGGACAGCAAACCUGUCGGGAAGAUAGAUACGGACAGGGCGCGAAUUAAUUCUUGGCCAGGUGAAAAUGUAUCAUACAAUGGUUACAUUGCGACUGACAACACGAACGAAAUCACUUGUCCAUUGAGUAAACGUAGAAGAAAUGUCUAUUCGCAGGUCGCACUCUCAUCGGAACAUUCGCAUUCCGUAUCUUCGUCGCUAAACGGCCUCGAUAAUGACACAGAUAUUAUUGAGCAUGAAGAGCAGCUUCAAAAUACCGAGCAAUCUUUGAACGCACAGAAAUUAAAUCUUAAUGGUGAACCAGAAGUACAGAAAUUAAAUGCCGAAGAACACCAUGAAACGAAGAAUUCAAUUGUGACGCAAGGAAAAAUCACUCAGAGCCAAGAUGCUUCGGAGAUAUCGAGCGAACCAUUCUGUGCGCAAAACAUAAAAUCCUUGGACUCUCUAACGCCGGACAAAAUCUUGAAUCUGAUUAACAAAGAGAAGCAUCAUCCUCUGUCGAAAUUACUGAUUGGCAAUGUGAUAGGAUUGACGACCGAAGAAUAUGCAAUGAUGAAUGCGACGCAAGCAACAACGCCAGAUUCGAAGAACGAAACGCCUACGUCGCCAAAGGUGAAUCUGAAGAAGAGACGCAAAGGGGAAGACAACGUGAAGGAGAAUGUCGCGUGCUUGGACAACAGAAGACACUGUAGAUAUUCUAAAUCUAAGAGUAUAUCGUGGAAAGUGAAGAAACAGCUGGACGCGGGAAAACUCGAUAAAGUGCUGCCUGAUCGGCAAUCCUGCAACGAUGCAGAUGACAAGUGCAAUAAUAAUGCGAGAAAGAACAAUCGAAGUGGCGUGUCUAGCGAGAACACCGAGUAUUUAUCGCCGUUACGUGUACAAACCUCGCUUCAAGCUAUUGUGCAACAUACUCGUAGUUCGUAUGACAUAAAAACACGUCUGAGGUCUGACAGGAGCGCGGUAUUGGCGAAGCAGGAGUUUUCUAAUUCGUCGAUCAAGAAGAACAGAUACAAGAAGCAAGAUAGAGAGGUCGCCAAUUUGUCAAUAGACGCUAAUUUCGGUCCCGUAACACGCGGGCCUCGAAACAGGAGGUUACGAUGCCGAAACAGCGCGUUCACGAACAAGAGAUACUACAAUACAUUCAAUGCUGUAUUAUAUUCGCCUAGCAAGCGAUGCAAGUCUAGUUUCCAGCGGAAGAGUAAGUUGACCAAAGUCACUCGUCAGCGUGCCAGGGACAGGCAAGCUAAGGAGCGAUACAAGGUGUCUAGCACUCUACACGCAAAUAGCAAAGACAUUAAAAAUUCGAUGCAAAAAUCGAAAAAUCUUCAGAGUACCGCUAGCAACAAUAAAAGUGAAGAUUGCAAUUAUAACAAUAACAAUUCUAACAAUAGAAAGAAGGAGAUAGUUAAGGUCGACGAUCGCAAUAUUUCUAAGACUUCCUUCGACAGAUGUCUUCGGAAGAAACUGGCGCAGACAACGGUCACCUUGUCGCAGCGCGCCGCUCAAACGUCGCACAUAAACUUACACAAGAAACAAGCCGAGAAGCCCAACACGACGGACGCGAUGACGCAAUGUAGACUCAUCACCGAGAAUCCGGAAGUCUACGUUAUCGGACAGCUGGACGAUCAGAGGGCUAUUCUGAAGAUGGAGUGGGACAAGCUGGCGAAGCUGAAGUCGGAAUCGAUAUGCGGCGUCGUACUGGACGAUCGGGGCUCCGAAAUUUACCAAACAGUGCGGCUCUGUCCCGUCGCUGCAUUUGCGGAGGACAAGGCUGCCGAGUUCGCGGAUUCCUUGCAGGACACAACGUCAGCCUUCGUACCUGUGAACGCUUUCGACAGCGAUUUGCGGAUUGCGCGACUCAGAUCGAUCGGAUUCAAGCCUAUACUCAAACCGGGAUCUUCUCAAGCCGCCCACGACCCGGAGAUCCUUCAAAAUACACUCGUGGCCACAAGCAAAGUGACCAAGCGAGACGUUGCCGAAGAGUACGACAAGUAUACGAAUAACGAGGACAACAAUAUGGUGGUUUAUUUGGACGACGAAUUGCAGUAUCAAGAUAUUGAAGAAGAGGACGACGAAAGCACGUUGGCGGCGAACACGUCGAAGAAAUCGAAAUUAAAGGGCAUGCAAUCGAAAGUCGGCAGCGUGUUUUCGGAAACGCUGCCGACGCGCGAAAACUUAGAAUCUCCUUGGCAUGGUUGGAAGAAGAUCGUAACGAACAAUCGAUCGUAUUGGAUCGGUUGGUAGUUAAUUGUACAUAGUAAUAUAGACACCGCGAAUUUGUGUGACGCUUCGUUACUGUACAACCAGAAAAAGGAACCGUUUUCUUCAAACGUGUACAAUAUUAUAUCUUUAUUUUUUUUUUGCCAAAAAGUAAAGGCUGUUGAUAACAUUCUAAAUUAUUUUUCUAACAGUACCAAUAUGGUAUUCGAGUUGACUAACAUAUUUUUAAGAAAGCUUCGAUAGAUAUAUAUCUAUAGGUAUUUUA